ACGAAAGUGAAAGUAUCCUGAAGCCUGCGCACACUCCGCUCCUUCGUGUCAGUCUGUCGGUGUGCUGGUACCGGACGGGACGGCAGUAUGGCUGAAGCCGAGUGUUCUCCGGUGACCGUGGAGGGGGACUGGAGUCCAUCUCAGAAUAAAACCGCGAAGAACAAACUGCAACUUUACUUCCAGAGCAAGAAGAAGUCCAGCGGGGGAGACUGCCGAGUGGAGGCCGAGGACGGAGCUCCGAGAGCGGCUGUGUACUUCAGAUCAGAGGAGGUGAGAGCGAGAGUCCUCGCCAGGCAAAACCAUGAAAUCAUCCUGGAGAAUAAAACUAUCAAGUUACGUCUGAAUUCUGCAUCAACUCCACCGGGCAGCGACGUCCCAGAUUCAUCGACAGAUUCAAAGACUCCGAAGUCGAAACCUGAGCCUGGAAAUGGAGCCUCUGCAGAGAAAGAAGACGAGUCGGAGUCCGUUCAGGGCCUCGCUGUGCUGUUGGACAACGUUGCAGAGGACAUGUCCAGAGAUCUGUUGUCCAUGCUGGUGGAGAACAUCUCAAGUUUGGACGAGAGCAGCUACAGUCUGGAGAUCAUCUGGGAGAUCAACAGAGCCGUGAUCACCUUCGACAGCCCAGCAGAUGUGGAGAAGUUCCUCACUGUGAGUCAGUCCAGCCAGAAGCUGCAGAGACACGGACUGACCGCUCGACUGCUGGAGGCAGCAAAGAGCGUCCGAGUGGAGAGUCUUCCUCCGACUGUGGUCAAAGACAUGUUGGAGCUGUACUUUGAGAAGAACUGGGCUCUGCCGGACAGUAUCGUCAUGAUCCCAGAUGAACAGGCUGCCAUCGUAACUUUCAGUGACCCCAAAGUUGUGAAAACCAUUUGCAUUAAAGAAGACUAUGUGAUGCGGUCCAUUGCUAUCAAGGUGUAUCCGUACUACGAGGCCCUGGGCGCCGCCUUGUACGGCAAAGAACGACCAUCAUGGAAGCUGCCCAAGCCCUUCACAGAGAAAGUUCACCAUGUUAUCUGGAAAUUCCUUCUGAUGAAGAAACUGUUGAAAACCAUCAACAGUCAGAUGAGGCCGUACUUCUGCAGUGUGGACUUGGAUAACCCAGAGGUGAAACUAAGCCCCCUUCCGAGCCUUUUGAGGCAGAAAGGUCUCACUGCAAAACAAAUAGACAUGUGGAUGAGUACCGCCCAAGAGGCCUUCCGUCGGCAAAUGUCUCAGUACACAGCCUUCGAAUGUUCAGUAAAUGCACCUGCAUGGAAAGCUGCAGAGAAAGAAGUCCGUUCGGUCGUCAAGGAAGACGCCCACCUGGUGCUGGAUACAUCCAGGGGUGUUUUGACUGUGGCCGGCCAAGCUGACGAUAUAAAACAAAUCAGGGCUCGUGUGGAGAAUAUCGUUCUCAAAGCCAUGAGUCAGAUUGAACGGCAGACAAAUGGUGUCUCUGAGGUAAUGCUUUUGUCCCCUGCAAUGUUCUACAUCCUGAAGCAGGAAGGGUUCGAGAAAGCUGCACAGGACAUUUCUCCUGACAUGAAAGUCUCCUACGAUGGAGGCACCCAGAAUUUAACCAUCACAGGACUGACUGGGGAGGUUUUCAAGACAAAAUCUUGGAUCUUGGAGAAAAAUGUGGGGAUGAGUAAAAAACGGGUAGAUGUCCCUCAACAUCUUUUAAACUUUCUCAAGUCAGUGGAUCCCAUGGACAUGUCUCAGUGUCUGUUCACAUCCAAGGGCAUCAGUGCCAUCUACAGCAUUGAGAGCAAAGGGGUUUUGCUGUUAGGGAGUUCUGACAGUGUCCUUGCUGAUGCAGAGAGUAAGAUGAAGGCAGUUUUGUCUGUGCAGACUCUAGAUGUAGAGGACCAGGAAGUAAUGAAACUUAAGGACUGGCAGGUCCUGAACCAACAGCUGUUAGACACCUACAACUCCUCUAAGAAUAAAACGGUAGCCAUUCAGAUCCACCCAGAGAGAAGAGACAGAAUAACAGUGGCCGGCUUCCAGGAUCCAGUGAAAGAAGUCAGCCGCAAUCUGAAGGAAUUUAUUGUAAACUACUCACAAGUUAAUGAAACCCUUCGUGUCAAGUCCUGUGCUGUUGUUCAGUUUAUUGACAAGAAAAAAACACAAGAUUGGACCAUUAUUGCCAAAACCAAUGAUGUGACAGUCCGUUUUGAUGAAGAGAGGCCGAAAAUUCACUUCGCUGGGGCUCGUCUCCACGUCCAGAAAGUUAAAUCCUGCUUCCAGGAACUGACUGGUGCUCUCUCUACUGACAACUUAAUUGUGGACAAGCCUGGGGCUAAGAAGUACUUCAUCACUCAAGGAAGCAUGUUUCUGUCUACAAUAAUGUCAGAGCUGAGCUGUGUGGUGGUGCUGUGUCCAGAGAAUGAAGAGGAAGAGGAGGAAGAGGACUAUGAGGUAGUAAAUGGCGAUUGUUAUUGCAAAGUGAAAACUGCCAAUGAAGUCUUGGUUUCAGUUAGCAAGGCAGACAUCUGUAGCUUUAGUGUUGACGCGGUGGUCAAUGCAGCUAAUGAGGAUUUGCAGCACAUUGGUGGUCUGGCUUUCGCGCUGCUCCAGGCUGCAGGACCAGAGCUGCAGAAAAUCAGCAACGACUACACUGCCAAAUUUGGAAAGCUGCGCGCAGGUGACGCCAUUGUAACAGGUGCAUGUAACCUACCUUGCAAGUACGUCGUACAUGCCGUCGGUCCCCGGUUCUCUGACUAUGACAAGAAGACAUCAGUGUCACGUCUGAAACUUGCUGUGAAAGAAAGUCUGAGACAAGCAGAAACAGUAAACUGCUCCACCAUUGCACUGCCAGCCAUCAGCUCAGGCGUGUUUGGAUUUCCUGUUGACCUCUGUGCUGACACCAUAGCUCAGGCAGUGCGGGAGUAUUGCGACAGUCCUGGAAGUCUGAAAUCGUUGACUGAGAUUCACAUGGUGGACAAUAAUGAUAACACAGUGAGAGUUCUGGCCACAGCUGUCAACAGAGAGUUCUCCGAUCUCGGACCUACAAUGACAGUACCACAGAAGGCGAGAGGAAAAGGCGCUACAGGUGGAUUUCAUAGAGGCAGAGGCAGAGGUAGAGGAGGAGGUGGAGGUGGAGGUGGAGGUGGAGGUCAGAGCCAGUCGCCCAGGGGCCGUCGGUUUGGUGAAAGAGGAGGACGAGGAGGACGAGGAGGAGGAGCCGAGGGGACAGGAGCUGGAUUUCAGGGAGGUCGACCUGAUGGCAGGGGAGGUCAUAGCCCCAGGGAACACGCCAGGCAUGGAGGGCAUGGAGGGGAAGCUUCUUCAUCUACUUUUCCUUCUUGGCAGGGGAGGAUGCAGCAGACCACCUCUGAGGGUCUGAAGAUCGUUCUCUGUAAGGGAAACAUUCAAGACCAGAUGACGGACGUCAUCGUCAACACCAUCGCAGAGAACAUGAACCUGAAGCAGGGAGCUGUUUCCACAGCGAUCCUGCAGGCAGCCGGGCACAGCCUGCAGUCAGCUGUUCUGUCUGAAGCCCCGUCGGCCUCGCUGCAGUACGGCGACGUCGUCGUCACAGACGGUUUCAACCUCAAGUGUCAGAAGGUCUUUCAUGCUGUUUGCCCUGGUUGGGACAAUGAAGGCGGCCAGGCAGAGGAGGACUUAAAAUCCAUCAUCAGAUUUUGUCUGAAGGAGGCUGAGAAGCAACGGAUGACGUCGCUGUCCUUCCCGGCCAUCGGCACAGGAAACCUGAGCUUCCCCAGAAGCGUGGUGUCCAGAGUCCUGCUGCAGGAGAUCCACUCAUACAGCAGCAUCAGGACUCCUCAACAUCUGAGGGAGGUGGACAUCGUCGUUCAUCCGAGUGACAGCCAAACUGUAGAUUGUUUCACCAGAGAGUUCAAAGGUCAGACUGGUCAGAGAAACAUCAGACAUGACGCACAGGAAUUCAAUGAGUCACCAGCUGGCCAAUCAUUGAGCCAAUCACAGCAGUCCUCAGCCUCCUUUGGUCAGGUGUUGUCCCCCUCCCUCGGUGUGUAUCGGAUGCAGAUGGGUCAGCUGAUCCUCGAGGUGUCGUCUGGAGACAUCACCAAGGAAGCCUGUGAUGUCAUUAUCAACUCCUCCAAUCCAGAAUUUACCCUUAAAUCAGGAGUGUCCAAGGCGAUCUUAGACAGCGCUGGAGCGACAGUUGAGCUGGAGUGCUCAAAUAUCGUGAAUUCUCCGGGUUACCAGCCUCGUCCCAUGAUCCUGACGUCGGCUGGGAUGCUGCCCAGCAGACAGAUUCUCCACAUCGUCGGGCUGAACGAUCCUACAAGGAUCAAGGACAUGGUUUACUCCGUGCUGAAGUUUUGUGAGGAGAACAAGUUGAAGUCUGUCGCCUUCCCAGCCCUGGGAACAGGUCAGGGAGGGGCCAGCCCGUCGGCGGUGGCGGACGCCAUGGUGGAAGCAGUGGUGGAGUUUGUGAGGAAAAAACAUCCGAAGUUUGUUGGCAGCGUGAAGAUCCUGAUCUUCCAGACCGGCAUGAUGAAGGAGUUUCACAAGAGUAUGAAGAAGAAAGAGGGACAGGAAGUGGAGGAGAAGAGCAUCCUCGGCAAGAUCAAAGAUUCUUUUCAGAGCGUCGCUCAGUUUUUCACAGGCUCUGUGGACGAGCGAAGUGACGCCUUGGUUCUUGAGCGGGAAGAGUUUGAGCCCACAGUGUUCCAGCUGUGUGCCGACAACGAAAAGGCUGUGAGUCAGGCGAAAAAAAGGAUUAAGGAGCUGAUUGUGGCCGAGCAGGCGCAGAGAACCAUCACAGACCAGUUCAUCAAUCAUCUGUCGCAGGCUGACAUGGACGAGCUGAGGGCCCUGCAGAGGAAUCUGACAGUUAGCAUCCGUCUGGACAAAGGGAUGGAGGACCAGGAGCCCAAAAUUCACAUUGAGGGUCUGACCAGAGAUGUCUAUACUGCUGAGUCUGCUGUCAGGGACAUCAUCCGGAAGGUGGAGAGGACGGAGAACUUGAGGAACAAGGCCUUGCUGAUGAGUGGACUGAUAGAAUGGCAGUAUCAGCACCACACCGGGAAGAUGGUGGCCUUCGACAUGUACACCAACCUCACCCUGGAGGAGGCUCUGGAGAGAAAACAAAACGUGAAGAUCAAGAUCAACAACGAGACCUACGACGUUGAUGUAAAGCUUAAAAAAGCAGAAUCAGCUAACGGGCGCAAAAUGUUGGAGCUCCUGAGAAAAGAUUGGAAAAAUGAUGUCGCCCUCCCGUCACAUUGGGAUGACAUGAAAGGUGACCUCCUCAAGCUGAUUCCUCUGACUGCGGGAUCCAAAGAAUACAAAGACGUGGAGACAGAACUGACAAACAAGAAUCUUCAUGCAAACAUCAUCAGUAUUGACCGGGUCCAAAAUCCGACACUGUGGCAGAGCUAUGAGCUGAUGAAGAAACAGCUGGAGGCAAAGAACAAACGCACGAACAAUGAAAGGCGACUCUUCCACGGCACCGGGGCCAAAUCCAUCGAUCUCAUCAACAAUCAAGGCUUCAACCGCAGCUACGCAGGAACACAUGCUGCGAUGCAUGGCAAUGGCUCUUACUUUGCUGUGGACCCUAAUUACUCGGCGCAGGGCUACGCCCAGCCUGACGGCAAAGGACACAAGCGCAUGUACCUCGCCAGAGUCCUGGUCGGAGAGUUCACUAACGGAAGACAAGGCAUGAUCGCCCCUCCAUCCAAGAGCUCUGUGAACGCUGCAGACCUGUAUGACAGCGUUGUUGACAACAGUGCAAACCCAACCAUGUUUAUCAUCUUCAGUGACAUCCAGGCGUAUCCAGAAUACCUGAUCACAUUUACUUGAACUGCUGCGAUCCCUAUGUGCAACAGUCCAAGUCCAGUCUGAAAAAAAUUUCCUUCAUUUGACAUUUGUUCAAUUGUUUUUUUGUUGGUUUGGAAAAUAUAAUCUGAAAUACUGUUAAUUAAAAAACUGCAAGAGUUUUAAGAAAUUCACUUCAGCUGUUUUAUUAAGAAUCAAAUGAGAUUCCAAGAUUACUCUUCUCUAAGUAUUGUAAAUGACAGGUGCAGUCAAACAAUUUAAUAAACCUUCUCAUCUGGUA